CGCGCGGUGCGUGUGUGGGUCUGUCUCAUCUAGAGUAAAAGUAAACAAAAAAAGACGGACUGCUCAGACUGCUGCAGAUAUGGCCAGCAGGAAAAUCACAACUGGCCUUUUCACCGGCUUGAAAAGUAUUCGGAACUUUUCCUCAGCUCCGAGUCUGGACCUGUCUGGCGUUUUCCCGCCCAUCCCGACGCCUUUCAAUGCAGACGAAACCCUCGCUUUUGACAAGCUCGAGCAAAACUUCCGAGUGUGGCAGAAAUUUCCAUUCAGAGGCUACCUGGUGCAAGGAUCGAACGGCGAGUUUAAGUUGCUGAAGGACGAGGAGCGAGUCGAGAUGGUGCGCAAGUCGCGCCAGUUCAUCCCGAAGGACAAACUGCUGCUCGCCGGAUCAGCUUGUGAAUCCACAGAGGCGACGAUCGAAAUGAGCAACCUGAUGGCCGAUGCUGGAGCAGACGCGGUUCUCAUCAUCAACCCCAGCUAUUACAAGUCAGCUAUGAAUGACGAGGCGUUAUUCAAGUAUUUCUGGCGCGUGGCCGACGAGUGCCGCAUCCCCGUGGUAUUGUACAACAUGCCUGGUAACACGGGCAUCGACCUGAACCCCGCUCUGAUCGCAAAACUCGCCAAACACCCCAACAUCAUCGGUUUAAAGGACAGCGGAGCUGACGUAGGAAAAAUGGCGCAAGUGGUUCACAUGACAAAGGACUUGAGCUUCCAAGUUUUGUCUGGAUCGGCUGGCCUGCUUCUGCCAGCUCUCCUUGUUGGGUGCGUUGGUGGGAUAAACGGUUUUGCAAACACCAACGGCCAAGAGCUGUGCCAACUGGUGAGUCUCUUCCGCUCGGGCCGGAUGGCAGAAGCGGCCGAGCUGCAGCGCAAAAUCAUGCGGCCCAACGCUCUGAUUACCAGGAUGUGGGGAGUUCCGGCAACCAAGGCGGUGAUGGACGCCGGGGGGCAGUUGUACGGGGGCCCGUGUCGACAGCCCUUGAUGCCGCUCACCGACGAGCAGAGAAAAGUGGUUUUUGACGAAUUUGUCAAAGAGGGAUUCCUCAAGUUGUAAUAUAAAAUUGGUACAAAUUUUGCGGGGUACGUUACAAACUAAACGAGUUGUUUAGUAAAAAUGAAAUAAAAAUGGGUUUCCUGUGAAAAGUUUAAUUUU